GCAGAGGCGGAGUUUUGGACCGAGGGCCCUUCGGAAAGAGGCGGAGCCUAUCUCGCAUCAGGACCAGUCUGACUGCACCUGCAUCCUUAGCUCAGAGCAUCCCUGGAGCAUCCAAGAGAUAGCGCAGUUGGCAACCAGGAAUCCGAAUCGUCGCAGGGGAAGUCCGCUAGACACCGUCCUUUUCUCCUGACCGAACAGCAGCGGGCUCGGAACUGACCGGGGGAUGCCUCGAGUUGCCUGACCAUUGCAGAAGCAUUCAUCUCAACUGCUUCUGAUUGCGACAUGGCUGAAAUCACCAAUAUCCACCCUAGCUUCGACGUGUCCCCAGUGGUGGCUGGCCUCAUCGGGGCCUCUGUGCUGGUGGUGUGCAUCUCGGUGACUAUUUUUGUGUGGACGUGCUGCCACCAGCAGGCUGAGAAGAAACACAAGCCCCCGCCGUACAAGUUUAUCCACAUGCUGAAAGGCAUCAGCAUAUACCCAGAGACCCUCAGCAACAAGAAGAAAAUCACCAAAGCACGGAGAGACAGAGAUGGCCCCGGGAGGGAAGGAGGCCACGGGAACCUGCUGGUGGAUGCCGCGGAGGCUGGCCUGCUGACCCAAGACAAGGCUCCCAGGGGGUCUAGCUCCAGGUCUUGUAUAGACCAGUUGCCCAUCAAAAGGGACUACGGGGAAGAACUGAGGAGUCCUGUGACCAGCGUGACCCCUGGGGAGAGCAAAGCCACUUCCCCAUCAUCACCGGAGGAGGAGGUGAUGCUGGGGUCCCUCACCUUCUCAGUGGACUAUAACUUUCCCAAAAAAGCUCUGGUGGUGACCAUCCAGGAGGCCCAUGGGCUGCCAGUGAUGGAUGACCAGACACAGGGCUCUGACCCCUACAUCAAAAUGACCAUCCUUCCUGACAAGCGGCAUCGCGUGAAGACCCGAGUGCUGCGGAAGACGCUGGACCCCGUCUUCGACGAGACCUUCACCUUCUAUGGCAUCCCGUACAGCCAGCUGCAGGACCUGGUACUACACUUCCUGGUCCUCAGCUUUGAUCGCUUCUCGCGGGACGACGUCAUUGGGGAGGUCAUGGUGCCAUUGGCUGGAGUGGACCCUAGCACAGGCAAGGUUCAGCUGACCAGGGACAUCAUCAAAAGGAAUAUCCAGAAGUGCAUUAGCAGAGGGGAGCUCCAGGUGUCUCUGUCAUACCAGCCUGUGGCACAGAGAAUGACAGUGGUGGUACUCAAAGCCAGACACUUGCCGAAGAUGGACAUCACCGGUCUCUCAGAUCCUUAUGUCAAGGUGACCGUCUACUAUGGCAGAAAGCGCAUUGCCAAGAAGAAAACCCACGUAAAGAAAUGCACUUUGAAUCCGGUCUUCAACGAGUCCUUCAUCUACGACAUCCCCACCGACCUCCUGCCUGACAUCAGCAUCGAGUUCCUGGUCAUCGACUUCGACCGCACGACCAAGAACGAAGUGGUGGGCAGGCUCAUCCUGGGGGCUCACAGUGUCACUGCCAGUGGCGCUGAGCACUGGAGAGAGGUCUGCGAGAGUCCCCGUAAGCCCGUAACCAAGUGGCACAGUCUGAGCGAGUACUGAUCCUGUUCUCCUCGCCUCUAACCCUGGGCUGGGCUAGGUAGGGACCCGGCAGGGAGAGAAAAGGACAGAGAAGCAGAGUCGAAACCUCAUUUUAGUUAUAGGGAAAAAAAAUUCUUACAGAACAAACCACUCAGAGAACAUCCCACGUGACCACAGCCACAAAUCAGUUCUUAGCGGUGAUUUUUUUCUCCUUUGCAAGGCACUAGAAAUUCUUUGGUUUUUUAAAAUGAGGGGGGGGAAAGAGAGGGAAAGACCCCUACAAGUCUAUAUAUAACAGUGUAUCCUUAUACUUGCAUGUCUAAUACAAACUGAAGAAAUCGCCUAACUGCUGAUAUCAAGUUGCAGAUUUUAAUCCAUGAAAAUUGUGUUUUGUGCCGAACUGUAUUUGCUGAUUACCUGAAACGGCCCCUUUUUACUGGGCUUCUCUGGAGAAUUAUUCCCCUGCCCCAUCUUUGCGGAAGAAACUUCUGCUGUUAGUGACCUGAUGUUCCCCCUGUCCCCAUCUUGCGUCCCUGUCACCUUUUACAUCUCUGCUCUCUGGCUGAGUUCAAAGGCCAGAGGUUGGUAGUAAGCCAACACAAAAAGGAGGGAUGGCAGGGCAUGCAGGAGAAAAAGCGGCUGAGGGUGGGGUGUCUUUGCUAUGAAGGGGCGACAGGCAGCCUAAGACUCACAGCCCCAGUAAACAUGGCCAACUUGCCAGGUGGAACCCGGGUGUAUAGAAAGAGAUUACCACUCUAGAAGGGACUUUGGAGACCUCCCAUUCAGCUAUAGGAUAGUGCCAGCGAACACAUCCUGAUGAUCCCAAAUGCUAUUUGCAGAUAGGGGGACAAGAAAAGACGUACGUAACAUGACUGUCAUCUAGAGGUCUGUGCAGCUCUCUCCAGUAGCGACAGCCAUUCCUGAGACGAUAGGUGGACAAUCCUCUGAGAUUUGAAAGACUCUUUGGCCUUUGCUGACCAUGGAGACACAUUGAGUCUCCUCAGUUUACGUAGAUGUAAUGAAGUUCGUUUUUGUUUCACAAGGAAACGGGCCCUCAGAAAGGAUUUUUUUCUCAUUGAAUUUUUCAACAAUGGCUCUUUAAAAUGGUAACAACUGAUUGAUCUUCCCUCAAAAGCAAGACUGCAGUUCUGGGCACUUGAGAACCUCGUGACCUGGCAAAGGGGUUGGGGAGCCAGAGUCCCAUCCGGCUUCUGCCUUACGUGAGGCUGGAAUUCGAAUCCAGGUCUCCUGGCUCCAGGGUGGAGACUUUUCACCGGGUAGAUCUGAAACUUCAGGAACAGUACGUGAGCUGGGAUGGGCAGUGCGUAGUUUUGACAGCCUGAAGAGGAAUUCAGUGCAGUAGGAAACAGCUUGAUCCAGGGUUUGAAGGGUUAGCUGAGAAUGGAGUGUCCUCUGCCACCAAGGCUGUUGCUCUCCAGCUACUUCUGCGUGGGGAGUGGAAAAGCUGGCUCUCCGUGGACAGGCUGGUGUCAUUCAUUGCCUCUGGUCCCCUUAGCUCUUGUGGAUUCAAAUCCAGUCUGCCCCCCUCCACCCGUCUUUUUGUUUUUAGUUUCAGCCUGGAUUCCUGACAGCACAGAGUAGCUCUCUACUCUUGGCCGGGUCAGCCUUAUCAAACACCCCCUCCAUAACCUGACUUCCUGUCUCAUCAUCAGUUGGGGUCACAUCACUAGUCCCUGUCCUGUAACCCAUGGGAUGUAAAUAUUGUAUCAUACGUAGAAGAAAAAUACUUUGUCUUCUAAAAAUGCAUUUUGAGAUAGUUUAUAACGGAAGCCUGGCAGGAGCAUUCUGAAGCCCCGUUAGGAAAAACAAUGGAAAGGAUCCCUCUUCAUCGCCUUAAUGUCUAAAAACUCAGCAGCAGCCGCUAAGCAGCCUGCUUCCUUCGCCUCCCAGAAACACUGCUAAGCCACGGGUGGAGUCCGGUCUUUGCCCUGCUGUGUGUGCCUCUGUAGCUCCUCCUGGUGGAAGUCUGGGAAAACAGCCUCGCCCACUCCCCUUUCCCCGCCCCCACCCCACCCCCGCCCCGCAGCUCUAUUUCUUGCAUCCUUUGGUCUAUGGAGCACUAGAUGGUGAGGUGAUCGUGGAGGAACCCAUAGACCCGUGAACCAGGAGCUGCUUCUGUAUCUUUUGCCAGAAAAAAAAAAAAAAGGCAGAGAAAUGGACAGUACAGGAUUCCUCCCUCCUACCUCAGGCCUGACCCAUCGUGCCCUGGACUUUGGUGUCCCAAAGCUUCUUAGCUGACUCUGGCUUUCACACGUGUUCCUUCCAGAUCUGACAGACAGAGGUGGAGGCCCACUCCGACCUCUGCCUCUGCGAGAGUCCCUAGGAAGACGAGAGUCCCAUCCUAGCUUCUGCACAAGGCACUCAAGGUUAGGGCUAGGUCUGCAAGGCUCACUCCUGAUCGCCUCAGAGCCCGUCCCAUGUGGACUUCUCCAUUCCUCUGCAACCACAAGAGCUUUUCACAGUCACAAAAGUCCCUUCAUGAGCUAUUACCUCUUUCAGUUCUUAGUGGAGCACUGCCAAGACGGACAUGCUUAUGGAUUAGUGCUCUCAGCCGAGAAGCAGACAACUGGUUUGUGGGACAGGAGAGGGAAAUUGGAAGGCUUUUAACAUGGCCACGUCAGUGACACCAUGACCCCUCUCAGAAGUGGUUGUCUUUACCUUGUGUCUUCUCUUGUAAAAAUGAAACUCAAAAAUAAAUGUUUCAAAUUUUAAAAAAUGAAAAAACUGAAAAAGCUAACAUGAGUUGUGUGAAGUUGCAUAACGCUGUAACACUAACUACAAUAUGUAAUGCUAUCUUGUAUGUUGAAUUUGUUAACGCACCACACAAGUGCAAAAUAAAGACUGAUUCACAUUAAA